GGGGUUCCAUUAGCUAUGGAACUGGAUACGGGGUCUGCCCUUUCAAUCAUUUCCAUGCAAACGUUUAGGAAGAUUUGUUCUGGUAGUGGAACUCAGGCCAAGCUGAGGCCUUCUGAUAUUGUGUUAACAGACUUUCAAAACUCCAGAGUGUGUGUUAAGGGGGAGGCCACCCUUAACGUACAGUAUAAAGAUUUUGAAGGUCCACUAGACAUAUUAGUAGUAGGAGGUGAACGAACGAGUCUCAUAGGACUCGAUUGGUUUGAGGCCUUGGGAAUACACGUCACAGGGCUCAACAGCCUACAAACACUCGACCUACAGGAAGUCUGCAAAGAAUUUGCAGAUGUUUUCAGCCCCCAGCUGGGCACGUUCAAAGGACCUCCUGUGUCCUUAAAGCUAGACCCCACUGUCACUCCCAUUAGAAUUAAAGCAAGAAGGGUCCCUUUUACUUUAAAGACUAAAAUUGACACUGAGUUGGAUAAACUGAUCCAACAAGGAAUUCUGGAACCUGUUGACUCCAGUCCCUGGGAAACCCCCAUUGUCACGCCGCUCAAAGCAAAUGGGGACAUUUGCAUCUGUGCUGAUUACAAAUGCACUCUGAAUAAGACAUUGCAGCAACAUGCCUAUCCUGUUCCUGUGGUCAGUCAUAUUCUGGCCUCCCUCAAGGGGGGGGGGGCGUCUCAGACUAUUGUGACCCACAGAGGAGCUUUCAAGGUAAAGAGACUUCAAUUUGGAGUAAAUGUCGCUCCUGGGAUUUUCCAAAGCAUAAUGGAAAACACACUACGGGGUAUACCAGGGGUUUGCCCCUAUUUUGAUGAUGUCUUACCUUUGCUGGGACUGUUUACCACACGUAAACAAACCCCCCAAAUCAUCUCCCCCAGGAUGCUCAGGUGGUCUAUCUUUUUGUCUGCAUAUGAUUUUUCCCUACUUCACAAGCCUGGGAAGGAAAUGGGCCAUGCUGAUGGCCUCAGUAGAUUACCCCUGCCGGUAAUAGAAGCUGACCCUGCGCCAGCUAUCAAUAUUCUCUCUAUCCAAGCCUUGCCCGAGUCUCCCCUGAAUGCCAGGGAUGUAGCCGCUGAAUCGGGCACAGAUCACACACUUUCACGUGUCCUUUCUUGGGUUUUGUCUGGAUGGCCUGAGCACUGUCCUAGUCCUGAGUUUCAGAGUUUCUGGUCUAAAAGGAACGAGUUGUCCACCUCUCAGGGUUGUCUGCUUUGGGGAAGCAGAGUUGUCAUUCCCACCUCAAUGAGGACUAGGGUCUUAGGUUCCCUCCACGAGGGUCAUCCUGGCAUUGUACGAAUGAAGGCUCUUGCGCGCAGCCACUUGUGGUGGCCUGGCCUAGACAAAGACAUUGAAGCUAAGGUGCAUGCAUGCCACCUUUGUCAACGCUCGCGCCCUGAAAUGCCCCAAGCUCCUGUGCAUAGAUGGGAGGAAACACAGUCUCCAUGGUCUAGGGUGCACAUUGACUACGCUGGGCCCUUUCAGGGUCAAUUCUUCUUGGUCCUCGUUGACAGCCAUUCAAAAUGGCUUGAGGUUGUACCUGUCUCAUCCACCACCGCUGCAAAGACUAUUCAGGUACUGAGGGGGAUUUUUGCUGCACACGGGCUCCCAGACGUCAUUGUGUCUGACAACGGCCCUCAAUUCACUUCCUCCGAAUUCCAAGCUUUCUUGCAGGCUAACAUGAUUCGUCAUGCCACCUCUGCACCCUUCCACCCGUCCACCAACGGUAUGGCUGAACGCAUGGUGCGCAUCACCAAGGACGCCUUGAAGAAACUGCGCAAACUGACUACCAAGCUUGACCGGUUGCAU